CUCGUCAUCUCAUUCCAUAGUGAGGACUAGAUUAAUUCAACCAAGACAACUCUCAAAAUGAAGAUUAGUCAGCUCACCGCCACCCUUGUCCUCCUCGUCAACUCGACGCAGGCAACCGCCAUCUUCCGCGUGCGUCAAUCCAGCUGCACAGAAACAUGUGGUAGCACUUGCUACCAGCAGAGCGACAUCGACGCCGCUUUGAAUGAGGGUUAUUCAGAUUAUCAAUCUGGAAGUGAAGCUGGGGACUACCCUCAUCAAUACAACGACUACGAAGGAUUCAGUUUUCCCGUUGAUGGCCCUUACCAGGAGUUUCCUAUUCUGAGCUCCUACGAAGUCUAUACUGGUGGUAGCCCUGGUCCUGACCGUGUCAUCUUCAACGAGCAGGGUCAAUAUGCUGGCGUGAUCACUCACACCGGAGCUAGUGGUGAUGACUUUGUUGAAUGCACCUAAGUUUGAGGUAGUGCAAUCUUCAUUUAUUAAAAUUUCUUGAAAAAUUUACAUUGACUUGAUUAUGAACCACCAAAAUGUUCAAAUACGGUUGUAAAUACUUAUCCUAAGCUCUG